AUGCCCCCACCCCGUCGAAAGAUGCUGGCCACCGCGGAGGAGACCCUAACCCCACCAGAUGAGCUUCUACUAGGACAACACAUCGCACGAGCAAUUAAAGCGACUGGCAAUAAUGUCUAUGCGGUGGAACUCCCUUCCAAAGAGUCGAUACUGGUAGAACUUCCCUCCCGGUUUCGUUCCACCAUUUGGAUUAAGAGGGGAUCCUACGUGGUGAUUGACACCAAUACUCUUGAAGGCCGAGACAACAAGCUCAGCGGUGAGAUCAUUAACAUUGUUCGAGAUGAAAAAUCCUGGCGUAAAGCACCCUACUGGCCAAAGAAGUUCGACAAGAAGCCCGUUUUCGCAUCGGAUGAUGAAGUUGAGUCCAAUGUGGGCAGAAUGCCACCGUCAGACGAUUCUGAUGCAUGA